CCAUGAAGUAAAUAUUCAUGAGUGUAUAAAGUCCAUGAUAAAAUAAAACAUCAAUAAUAAAAAUAACAAACAGUCAUAGUCUGUCUAUGAAAAUUAGACUCUAGACUCUAGAAAUUUCUGUUCAACAAUCGACUUAUCUAUUAUCAAGAUAUUUAUUAAUCUAUUAAUAAAAUUGGUGUUAUAAGCACAACUUUCAAAUUAAGUUUGAAUAUUUUUUUGGGGUUAUGUGACACCUUUUUUUUAAAAAAAACUUUUGCAAGUUUGAGAUAAAAAUUCUAAAAAAUCAAGUUUGUUUUAUUUAUUGGCUGGUGUAAUUAAUUUGCAAAAAUGGUUAAGUACUAUGAGUCUAAUACGGUGUUUCAAUUCAACUGGAAUCAAGUCGCACAGGGAUUUUGGAAACGAUAUCCCAAUCCUCAUAGCUCCCAUGUAUUAUCCGAAGAUACAAUAACUCGAGAAGUAAAAGACGGUAAAUUGUAUUCAAAACGUUUGCUGACGAAGACAAACCGUGUUCCAAAAUGGGGUGAAAAAUUCAUCAGUAAAAAUGUUGUCAAAAUAAUCGAAGAGACUAUCGUUGAUCCCAAAGAAAAAACACUUACUUCUUACACUCGCAAUCUUGGAUACACUAAAGUUAUGAGUGUCGUUGAAAAAGUAACUUACAAAGUGUCUGAAGACAACCCUGAGUGGACGGCAGCCCACAGGUUAGCCUGGAUCGACAGCUCAGUUUUUGGAUUCGGUCACGCGAUCAAGGCCUUCGGAUUAGACAGGUUCAAGAAAAACUGUGGAAAAAUGACCGGUGGGUUCAAUUACGUUUUGGCCCACAUGUUUCCAGCCACUGCCUCGCUGAUCAACCCAAACUUCGCGCAGCUUACUUUAGAUAUGAACAAUUUUGACGAGCCGAUGACCAAAUUGAGUCACGCGGCCGAAGACUUGCAGCACUCGUUCCACGACAAGGCUGAAAAAAUGAAAGACGCGGCGAAAAAGGCGACCGAUUUGGCCAAGAAAAAGGCCUACGCUGCUUGCCAGCCGAAUCAGUCAUAAAUUUAAGUUAAAUGCUAUUUUAUUAUUCAAAGUAAUCUAAGUGAUCUAUGAGGUUAUACGGUAAACUUAUUUAUUAAAUUUAAGCUUUUGAUUGAUAAAUUUUUGCUACAAUAAUUGUAACUAAUUUUGAAUUCUGAUAAUUUUGUAAGAGUAUCAACAAAUUAAUAUUAAAAUUUUAAAGUAGAAUUUUUUUAAUUUUUUUUCUGAAAAAAUUUAACCCUUGUUGAUACUCGACAGGAAAUUUUUUGCUCUAUUUUUAUAAAAAAUUUAUCAUAUUUUUAAGAGUUGAAAUUUGUAAAUUGAUGAAAAUUUUUUCUAAAAUUAAUUUUUAUAAAAAUUUUUUUUUUUAAAUUAUAAUUAUUUUUAAAUUAAUAAUUGUGAAAAAAAAUCUCCUUAUUUCAGAAUUAACAAUUGGAAAUAAAUUAAUAAUUUUAAUUAAUUAAAAAAAAUAAUAAAUCUGAUUAAAUAAUCUCAAAUUUCAGCUCGUCAUAGAACUUGGAACUAAAUAUUGUUAUUAAAUAUUUAAAACGUGUAAGUAUCUGUAGAUGAUUUAAUUACUUAAGUAAAGUAUAUAAUAAUCAUUCCUAAAAUAAGCUGAUUUUUUCUUUAGAUUUAAAUAAAAAGCGCAUUUUUGUAAAGUUAUCGUUACCAUAGUUUAUUAAUGUAUGCUUAGAAAUUGUAAUUAAAAUUAUAACUAUCCUACCAAUUGGUUAAAAAUAAGAAAACCAAGAUUAAACGUUUAAUUGUUUAACAUUAACACUUAUAAUUCAGCCACUGUAUUAAUUAAAUAUGUAAAUAAAUUAAAUUACAGUAAAAAUAAUUCAUAAGUAUUCAAC